GGAUCGGUUUGUGAGCGUGAGAGAGAAGGAGAGAGACUGAGAUUCUUCGGCCAUGGGGGGCGAGACGAUGUUGCGGACCCUGCUCUACACCGUCAACUCCCUACUGCAGCAGCGCAGAUACCAGGCCGCGUUGGCCGUCGUCAAGGGCUUCCGUAACGGAGCAGUGUAUGGAGCAAAAAUACGUGCCCCCCAUGCUUUAGUGAUGACAUUUCUCUUCAGGAGUGGAAGUUUAAGGGAGAAAUUGAAAGCAAUUGUUCGUGCCACUUACACUCAUUCCAGAAACCUGGCAUACUUUGUAUUCACAUACAAGGGCCUGUUGGCUCUACAGUCGCGAAUGCAGGGAAAGAAGAUCCCAUUUCACUCUUUCCUUGCAGCCUGCAUUGGGGGCUGGUUGGUGUUUGGAGAAAAUAACAAUAUUAACAGCCAGAUAAACAUGUACCUAUUGUCUCGUAUCCUGUUUGGCUUGUCCCGACUGGCAGUGGAGAAAGGUUACAUCCCAGAGCCAAAACAAGAUCCCUUCCCACUCUUCGCUGCUCUGGUUUGGGGGAUUGUUCUCUGGCUCUUUGAGUACCACCGACACACUCUACAGCCAUCAUUGCAAUCAUCCAUGACCUACCUGUAUGAUGACAGUAAUGUCUGGCAUGAUGUUUCUGACUUUCUUGUAUAUAACAAAAGACCUGCUACCAAUCAAUCUUGAAAGAUCUUUUAGUAAUGGCACAUUCCAACAGCAGGGCUUUUACGCUUUUAUUUGAACAAACUUCACUGAAAAUCGUUAACAUUGGAUGUUGAUCUCUACAUGGGUUUGGCCACGUUGUUCUGUGUAGGCUUCUGGUUUCUCUGGUUAGAGCUUGAAAAGGCCGGAUUUCAAGCAAACCAUUUUUGCAAUCUUUUUGUAAGGUGUUCCUCUUGUCUGUAAGAGGCCCAGUUUCCUUUUCAGUUGUGGGUGG